AUGCUGAAAAGGGAAUUUAUUCUUGCAAAGCCGAAUUACCCGACCGAUGACAGGUACGAAGAUGUGAUCUUUGCAGAAAAGGAAUACAAAAUACCAGUGGACAGACAUGUGCGAAUAUACUGCGAUGGAAUUUUCGAUCUUUUUCACUAUGGCCAUGCCAGGCUGUUUUCGCAAGUCAAGGCCCUCUUCCCAAACGUCCAAGUGAUUGUUGGGAUCUGCAGUGACGAGCUCACUACGAAGUUCAAGGGAAGUUUGGUUAUGAGUGAGAGGGAGAGGUACGAGAGUGUACUGCACUGCAAAUAUGUAGACGAAGUUAUAGAGGAUGCCCCGUGGGUCCUUGACAUGGAGUUUUUGGAGAAGCACAGGAUUGACUAUGUAGCUCACGAUGAACUGCCGUAUGCCCACAUUGGCACAAACGAUGUCUAUGAACUUGUGAAGAGCAAGGGGAUGUUUAUUCCGACAAAAAGAGCAAGAAAGAUAUCGACAACAGGUCUCAUUACAAGGAUAAUAAGGGACUACGAGCUGUUUCUCAGAAGACAGGUUCUUCGUGGGAUCUCAUACAAGGACCUGAACAUAUCAAUUUUGAAGAGAGAGCAGAUAAAGCUUCAAAACUCACUUGUUUCGGACGUGAAAUGCAUGAAAGAAGAGUUUAAGCUUGCGUUGUGCUACUGGGAAAAUCUGUCCAAGACGAUGAUUCAAAAGUUCAAAGCCAGUUUUUUCAAGAAUCACCGUUCUGACAAGGAAAACCUAUUUGCCAGGAUAUUCAGAGUGGGUGAGUCUAUUAAGACGCCUUUGAAGGAGUGA